AUGUCCAAGUCUAUCGUCAACACCACUCCCUAUCCGUUCCACUUCGACGCAAGCAAUGGCCCAGCUAUCGAGAGACGCGACAAGAAAGCGAUAGUGGAAUUGGGAAAUUGUCGUGGAAGGAUUCCCUCCCUCCAGGCAACCAAGAUUCGAGCCAUGAUGCAAGAGGCGCACGAAGACCCUUCCAAGAUCCUUGCCCAUGUCUGCAGUUACGAUGCCUUGAGUUCGCGACUUUGCGAGGAGGCCGGCUUCCCUCUGGUCUUCCUUGCCGGAUAUGCCAUGGCUUCAGCGUUUGGCCUUCCUGACACUGGAUACAUCGCUUUCCAGGAAGUUGCUGCUAAGGUCCAAGAAGUUGUCAGGGAAGUCAAAGUUCCCGUCCUUGUUGAUGGCGAUACUGGAUAUGGCGGCCCGACGAACGUGAAAAGAACAGUUGAGGGCUUUGCGGCCGCGGGAGCUGCCGGCAUCAUGAUAGAGGAUCAGUCUUGGCCGAAGAGAUGCGGCCACACUGCUGGCAAGAGCGUUGUUUCUAGAAGUGAGGCUUAUGCCCGAUGGCAGGCCGCAGUUGAUGCUAGAGACGAAGGAGUGGACAUGUGGAUUAUGGCCCGGACCGAUAGUCUCAUCCACGGAUACGACGAGGCUCUCACAAGAGCCCGUAAAGCGAUUGAGAUUGGGGUGGAUGCCGUGUUUGUCGAGGCACUCCCCGAUCGCGAGACCAUGGAACGACUUAGGAAGGAUCUCGAUUUCCCCGUCUUUGCCAACAUCAUCGAGGGUGGUAAGACGGAGAACUUGUCUGCACAAGACCUGGGCAAGCUUGGGUACUGCGGAGUUGCGUAUCCGUGGACUUUGGUUGCCGCGAAAUUACAGAGUAUCCGCGAGGCUUUAGAGGCGCUGAAAGGGUCCUUCACUGUUGGAAAGCCCCCGACAAUUUUGUCCUAUGCCGAGGUUUGUGAGGGGGUCGGUUUCAACAAGUACUUCAAACUCGAGGAACGCUAUGAGUACGAGGGACGCACGAACGGAGCGAAUGGACAUCAGUGGAAGGAGUGA